GGCUGCUACCUUCUACCUACCCGCCGCUACCCUCCCGCUACCUUCAAAUCUGCAAACGCCGCCACCUCACCCGAAACACCUACCCCGCGCUUUCCCCCCCGAGAAAAACACUUCAUCGCGACCCCCUUUUAUACCAUCGAAGCACAAGCUCGGUCAUUCGAGGGACAACUACUCAAUAGCGUCACCCCACUCCAACUGGCGCGAAACGGUUUCUACUAUAAACCGAACAGACCUUUUAGUGACAUGGCGUACUGCUUUGCUUACCAGGCAUUCUUACGCCUAGGAAGCUUCCAGCCCCAAACUCUCCACAGAAACUAUAUACCGACGACUGCCACACAGACACUAGCCCAAUCAACUCCAACCGUACCCACUACAGUAGAGAAAUCUUCGAACGCCAACGCCGAACCCCACGCUCAAGCUACACCAGCCACAACCGACCCAGAACCUCAACAACCUCCAACACCCUACUCUCCCCAGCCUCAUCAAACGAUACCGUCCAUCAUUUCCUCGCCCCAAAACCGACAAACAACCUAUGCUUCCGUCCUCCAGCGACCUAUCACAUCCAUACCGCAACCGACUCCCCCAGUGCAAGAACUUUUUCUUCCCGCCAAACCCAUACUCACAAUUGAAGAUCUUCAUCUCCGUUUUCACAAUAAACCGUCACCGUUCCAGCUCGAGAAUAAGACAAGCCGACGGUCAAUAAAACGACCUCGGAACAAACCCGCAUCUGCCAUACAGUCACUGUCCAGAUUCUUAGCUUCUGCUCAACCCGCGUUCUCGCGGUUCCUAACAGAGAUGCAGCCAAACUCGGAUACUUGCUAUCCGUCUCAUCCACAGUUCCACUAUAGCCGCGCCAUGAGGGCAGCCUAA